UGUUACUUGUUGUAUCUUGUAUCAGAGUGUGUGUUUAAACAUUGAGGUCGUCGACGUCUCGGUCUCUGUCUCUCCCUCAUCGGAUCGGAUCGGAUCGGAUCACUUACUCACUAUUCCGAUCCCUCUGCCCGCUAACUCUCCGUGAAUUCAAGGCUUUCAGAGUGGUAAUUGAUCGUUAGAAGAAUGAAUUACAUUUUAGGGGCUUUCAAGCCAGCUUGUAAUAUUUCAAUCACAUUCGCCGAUGGCAAAACUCGCAAACAGGUUCCCUUAAAGAAGGAAAAUGGUCAGACGAUACUGGUUCCUCUUUUCCAAAGUCAAGAAAACAUUGCUGGAAAGAUUUCGUUAGAACCAGUGCAAGGGAAGAAGGUUGAACACAAUGGUAUUAAGAUAGAGCUCCUUGGUCAGAUUGAAAUGUAUUUUGACAGAGGCAACUUCUACGACUUUACCUCCCUUGUUCGUGAACUGGAUGUUCCUGGUGAUUUAUAUGAAAAGAAAACAUAUCCUUUUGAAUUUUCAACUGUUGAAAUGCCGUAUGAGACAUACGGUGGAGCGAAUGUCCGACUUAGAUAUGUCUUAAAGGUAACCAUCAGUCGUGGCUAUGCUGGUAGCAUAGUGGAAUACCAAGAUUUUGUGGUUCGUAACUAUGGCCCACCACCAUCAAUCAACAAUAGCAUCAAGAUGGAAGUUGGCAUAGAAGACUGCCUUCAUAUUGAGUUUGAGUACAACAAGAGCAAGUAUCAUCUUAAAGAUGUGAUCAUCGGCAAGAUAUAUUUUCUUCUUGUUAGAAUCAAGUUAAAGAAUAUGGAUCUUGAGAUCAGACGACGAGAAUCAACUGGUUCUGGGGCUAACACUCAUGUGGAGACAGAGACACUAGCAAAAUUUGAGUUGAUGGAUGGUGCUCCUGUCAGAGGCGAGUCGAUUCCAAUCAGGCUGUUCCUGAGCCCAUAUGAACUGACGCCAACACACCGCAACAUUAACAACAAAUUUAGCGUGAAGUAUUAUUUGAAUCUUGUGCUUGUUGACGAAGAAGACCGCAGGUACUUUAAACAACAGGAAAUCACAAUAUACCGGACUGCAGAAACCUCGGCCUGAUUUAAUUGAACGCAGCGAUGGAUGAAGUGGAGAGGAGUUUAGGGUGUUAGAAUGGUAUGAUACUUGUUUUGAUUUGUAUAGGGGGGAGCAAAAGUUAUGUAGAUUGGGAAAUGGCAGGUAUUUGUAUUUGUUUGUGUUUGUGUUUGUGUUUGUGUUUGUGAAUGAAGGAAGAUGAGCAAAUAAUGAUAUGGAUUGUGUAUUUGGUUUUCAUGUAAAUGGGAUAUGGGAUUGACAACUUACAAUACAAUACCAGAAUUCAAUC